AAAAUUUCCUCUUACCUUCAUUCCGUCGCCCAAACCAUUUUGCCGCAGUAAAGCAAAAUGCGUAGUGCUCGAGCAAUAUGUUAUGAGAUUACUUUGGGUCACGUUUUAUUCUUAACGAGUGCAUUAAUGUCUCAUCAACUGCGUGGUAAGCAAACGCGACUUGAAAGUUUCUGCUCUCUGAAUUAUAGCUGCACGGACAGAUCAGAGAGUUUGAUUGCACAGAAAGGAUGGCGUCCCUUCCGGGAGUCAUAUUUGCCGAUUCAAUCUACCAAGAUCUCGAGCUCUGCAGACAUACGGCUUGUGGAAGACAUAAUAAUGGAUGGAAACAUCGUCGGAAUGAUGCAUUUGGAUGUGAAGCAAGUCAGCACGGAUUCUCAAAGCCCGCUUAAAAUAAGCUUUGACUCGGGCACUGGAAUUGUAUCAGGCCACUUUUUCAACUUCUACGACCAUAAGCCAACGUUUAAACUGGACGCUAAAGACCAGACAUCAAUUUUACUCACCGGUGGGUCGUUGACAGCGCCAUACGUCAUGGAUCAAUUUCAUUUCCAUAUCUAUUGCACGAGGGCGGAAGCUGAGCUCAACACACUGGAUCAGGUCCAGGUCCCUGGUGAGUUGCACUUAGUGUUCUUCCGGAGGAAAUAUCAGUCUUACAACAAGGCUAUGCACAAAUUUCAAGAUGGGCUAGCCGUGAUUUCAAUUUACUUAGAGGUCGGAGAGGACUUCAACAUCACUGACAGCGAUGAUCAAAUAGCAUACUUCUUGUCUUACGUCGAUUACAUUUCACAAAAUGAAAAUCACACGGUGCCAACAACUACGUCAGUCAAACAAUUAGCGGCCCCUGUUUUAAAGGAGCAUGCUCAGUACGAUGCGUACCGUGGAAAAUUAGUAGAACCUAUCCAAUGUAGUGAUUGUGUGGACGUUCUUGUGAUGAAAGAACGAUUUAAAUUGUCCGUUAAACAGUUAACUGAAUUCAGGAAAGCACCGCACUGUGUGGAAAAUGACUGGGGGUUUUAAGAUCUGCAUUACUAUCAUUAUUGUGGGACAGGUUUGUGGCCUAUAAAGAUCGUCAAAACUCCUAAGGGAACAGGAAACCCUCUGCUUUAGCAGACGAGGUCUAUGAAGUAGCUCGACCGUGUUGAAGGUAAGGCACAACCACCAAUGAAGGAAUGGACGAGAGCAAUGCGUGUAGCUGCUGUGCAAUACUAGAGGGCCGGUGAAAGGAUAUCAGUCAAGGAAGACCAUGGUGAUAAAGCACAAUAUUACGAAGGGCGUCGAAUGUUAAAAUCAUCAGAGUCGAACUAAACAGUGGUUGAGAAAUUUGAAAAGACGAAAAGGAUCUAGUGCUGGGAAGCUGGCUUGCUCUCUGAGGAACAACCUUUUUAGAAGUAAGUCGAGCUAAAACCAUGAGGAAGGAAACUGUAGCGUACUUAGAAAGUGAUCCGUGCAAUAGCGAUGGUUUCCCUCUUUUGGAGCAUUUGGUAGAGAUGAGUUCGGUCGCUGGGAGGACUAUUUAACUGAUAUUGCGCGAGAUUGGACCUAUGGUGAUCAGACAACAAUGUAUGCAGCAGCAAACUUGUACAACAUCCACAUUCAAAUGGUGUCCUCUCUAGAAGUUGGUGAGCAGCAUGUAUUCAGUCCGUCUGCAAGUGUUUCAGCAGCUACCGCGUACCUUGAACAUUUUGCGAAGAACCCCGACGAACACUGUAUGAGCUUGGAACGAGUUACGGAUCACAACGACGGUAAAGAAGAAAACUACGAAGAAAAUGACCCAUGAAAAAGGAGAAAUUUCCAAGGAGUAUGCAAUUAAAAUGCAUGUAAAGCAGGAUUUUGAAAUGAAUGAUACUGUUGAUUAUCAGGGUGACACUGAAGCAAAAA